AUGCAAAAUUACCCCCAGACUGGUCUGUACUAUGACCCCAACUCCCAGUAUUACUACAAUGCUCAGAGCCAACAGUACCUAUACUGGGAUGGGGAGCGGCGGACCUACAUACCUGCCUUGGAGCAGUCUGCUGAUGGACAUAAGGAGACGGGGCCAUCAUCAAAGGAGGGAAAAGAGAAGAAAGAGAAGCAUAAGAUGAAGACAGCCCAACAGAUUACCAAGGACAUAGAGCGGUGGGCCCGUAGUCUCAACAAGCAAAAAGAAAACUUCAAAAACAGCUUCCAGCCUAUUAGUGCCCUACAAGAUGAUGAAAGGCGGGAAUCGGCCACUGCAAAUGCAGGCUAUGCCAUCCUUGAGAAGAAGGGAGCACUAGCUAAAAGACAGCACACCAGCAUGGAUCUCCCAAAGUUGGCCAGUGAUGACCGCCCAAGUCCACCUCAAGGUCUGGUGGCAGCCUACAGCGGGGAGAGUGACAGUGAGGAGGAGCAGGAGCGAGGAGGUCCUGAGUGGGAAGAAAAGCUCACAGACUGGCAGAAGCUAGCCUGUCUGCUCUGCCGCCACCAGUUUCCCAGCAAGGAGGCACUCAUCCGGCACCAGCAGCUCUCUGGGCUCCACAACCAAAACCUUGAGAUUCAUCCGCGAGCACACUUGUCAGAAAACGAAUUGGAGAGAUGGCUCAGAGAUUAA